UCCUACCACACCAGCCUGCUGAACCAGACGUGAGCAUCAGUUAGUUGCCACAAUACCAGUCUACUGACCAGCUUAUUUUGUGAAGUCUGCCUCUGCCUGAGUUGACGAUACAUUGCUGGCGUAAACCACUGCCAGCGGAAAACCAGUCUGCUGCAGGGUAGUGUAUGUGAAACAAAGAUCCCAUUCGAAUGCAUGACUCAGUCUGAAACAUCCAAAGUGGUAGUAAGGUUCAAUGGCAAAUGUAAACAUUUGUCAACUCUUGAAAAAUAUUCCUUUGGACAGCAUGGAUUUGCUGGAAUCUAGAGUUCAGAACACUUGCAAAGAACAGCGCUUUAUUUUUUAAAGCAUUAAUUACCUGGAUUGGUUGCAGCGAUGGCUAGCAAACGAAAAUCCACAACUCCUUGCAUGAUACCGGUAAAAACAAUGGUGCUGCAGGAGAUGGAAUCAGAUGCUGUGGAAGAUAAUCAUGAAGGAACUCAACAGCACCUGCCUCCUGAACCUCCGGAAGCUGGUGAUGCUGUUAUUAACAAUAGCAGCAAUAAUGCAACAUUGUAUAAUGGGCAUCGCAAUAUUAUGGAUGGUGAUACGUACUUAUGUAAGUAUUGCGAUUUUGGAUCUCAAGAUGUUAAUCUUUUCUUUGGACACAUGGAUUCUGAGCACUUAGACUUCAGCAAAGACCCCUCAUUUGUAUGUGUUGAGUGCAGUUUUCUGGCACAAAGCCACAAAGGGCUUUUGCAUCACAAUGCCGAGUGCCACGGUGGUGAAACUGGCUUCCUCUGGAAUGUGGCUAAGCAGGAUAAUCAUACGACAGUGGAGCAGAGUAUCUCUGAUGCCACCAGCAACCAAGACCUUCCAGGAGAAUUCUGUGAGGAGGGGGUAGAUGGUCAAGCUGAAAUCAUCAUCACCAAAACUCCCAUUAUGAAGAUAAUGAAAGGUAAGCCUGAGACCAAAAAAAUUCACAUGUUGAAGGAGAAUGUAUCAAAUCAGCCAGGCAAUGACUUGGCGAUGAAAAAUGGUGACCAUUCAUUCACCAAUGGGUCUCUGCCAGCCAGCCAGUCAACGACCAGCUCAGCAAAAUCAUCUCACAUAGUCAAUGGCUCCAUAUUGGGAAACGUGCCUGUUUUGCAGGCAGGCGUUGCACAACUUGUGUCAUUGCAGCAGCAGCCACAGCUGCACCAGGACCUACCCACGUCCAAAUCCCUUCCUAAAGUGAUGAUUCCUCUGAGCAGCAUUCCCACGUACAAUGCAGCCAUGGAUUCCAACAGCUUCCUGAAAAAUUCCUUCCAUAAGUUUCCCUAUCCUACAAAAGCUGAGCUUUGCUAUUUGACUGUCGUGACCAAGUACCCAGAAGAGCAGCUUAAGAUAUGGUUUACUGCCCAGAGGUUGAAACAAGGCAUUAGCUGGUCCCCAGAGGAGAUAGAAGAUGCACGGAAAAAAAUGUUCAACACGGUUAUUCAGUCUGUACCGCAGCCCACUAUCACAGUUUUAAAUACACCUCUAGUUGCAAAUGCCAGCAAUGUCCAGCAUCUCAUUCAGGCAACUCUGCCUGGUCACAUGGUCGGGCAACCAGAAGGAACGGGAGGGUUACUCGUUACACAACCAAUAAUGACAAAUGGAUUAAAAGGAAGCAGCUCGUCUCUCACGUUAGCAGUGACAUCUAUUCCCAAGCUCCAGCCCAUUACGCAACACAACAAUGUGUGUUCGAGCAGCGCAUCAGCUGUGAAGGUGGUCAACACAGCUCAGUCUCUGCUGACUGCAUGCCCAAGCAUAUCUUCACAAGCUUUCAUGGAUCCCAGCAUCUACAAAAAUAAGAAGUCCCACGAGCAGCUGUCUGCACUGAAAGACAGCUUCUGCAGGAAUCAGUUCCCUGGCCACGCUGAAGUUGAGCGUCUGACCAAAAUUACAGGCCUUACUACUAGGGAGGUUCGAAAGUGGUUUAGUGAUAGGAGAUAUCAUUUCAGGAAUAUGAAAGGCAGUAGAGCCAUGUUUGCUGGAGAUAAUACAAUAAUUAUUGACUCCAUGCCUGACAUUACCUUCAGUGUGUCACCAAAAGAGAUUGACUUAACCUCUACGACAGCAGCGAUGCCUGUGGCUAAUCACCAAACAAGGCGACAGUCCUGGCAUCAAACGCCCGACUUCACCCCAACGAAAUACAAAGAGAGAGCACCAGAGCAGCUCAAGGCUUUGGAAGGCAGUUUUGCACAAAACCGUUUUCCUCCAGAGGAAGAAGUGGACCGUUUGAGGAGUGAAACAAAAAUGACCAGGAGAGAAAUUGAUAGCUGGUUUUCAGAGAGGAGGAAAAAAAUGGUGAUGGAGGAAAAUAAAAAAGCAGAAGAAAUGGUCCAGCAAGAGGAGGAGGAUGCUGACAAUAAUUGUGGAGAAGAGGAAGAUUCCUCAGAUGAACUGAGGGUCUCAAGAGAAAAUGGUUCAUUAGACACCCCAAGCAACAAUCAGACUUCACUGGAGCGGAAAGUUAGUCCUAUUAAAAUCAAUCUGAAGAAGCUUAGAGUGACUGAGUCAAAUGGCAAAAAUGAAUUGCCAGAGGUAGGUGCAAAUGAUCAGGGGGACAACAGUUCUAGCAGGCCACCUACCCCUGCAAAAACCAAACUGAACUUUAAAAAAACAGCCCAACAGCGGCAUUUGCUUAAACAAAUGUUCGUAAAGACACAGCGACCAACAAAUCAAGAAUAUGAUACCAUAGUUGCUCAGACAGGCCUGCCCCGGGCUGAGAUAAUUCGUUGGUUUGGGGACAGCCGGUAUGGGUUAAAAAAUGGCCAGCUGAAAUGGUAUGAGAACUACCGGCGGGGUAUCUUCCCUCCAGGCUUAGCGGUGAUCAGCCCAGCUAGCAAAGAGAUCCUAGAGGAGUAUUACAAAAAGCACAAGAUGCUGUAUGAAGAUGACCUUCAGAGCUUGUGUGAGAGAACUGAACUGAAUUCACAGCAGGUUAGGGUGUGGUUUGCUGUAAAGGUGGACGAAGAAACCCGGACCGUGUCUGACACGGGAAGUGAAGAUCGAUACUCGGGCACGGGUGAACAAGCAGGAAGCCAAAAAGGGACAUGCGAUGCCAGUUCGGAGGUAUCUGAGAAUAGCGAACCUUGGGAGCCCAGUGGCCAGGAAGGCCAUUUGGAACUCUUUGAUACAGUUAGCCAGCAACCUGCAGUUCAGCUUGAAACAGAUUGACCUUAAACUGCCAGCUCUGAAGGAUCUGCGAUUACAUUUGAGAAGAGUGUAAAUCCAUGGGCCUGAUACAAAUCUCAGUAGCAGGGAGUGGUGGUGUAAAAGCACUGCUGUAAUGAGACCUUUCAGUACAGCACAGCAGAGAGGGAGAGCAAGAGAAUUGGGCUCUUCAUGCAGUGCCAUCUGCAGCCUAAUCUAGAAUUUUACUCACCAGCUGGCCAAAGUAGGGCAUCAGUAAGAUCUUCUCACUCUUGUGACGUAGGAUGCUGUUGUUUCCUUUCCAGUGGAUAAACUUUCAGAUUUCAUAUUCAUAUAAUGGAACCAACUUUUGACAUGCAGACAGCCGCCUCAACAAGCAUAAUUAAUUUUGGACAUUGAUUGUGUAAACGUAUUUUUUGCAUAGAAAUGGACUAUCAUGGCACAAUACAUUUUUAUCUUCAGCUGUUUGUAAUGUGUUUGUUCUCUAACGGUUGGCAGUGUUGCAUACGUCCCCGACUCUUGGGCUGCUAGAUCAGGGAAUGGUGGAUACCAUCGUGAGUGUCAGUAUGUGUGUCAGAGCAAGAGAGGAGAAGAUCUGAGAAGCAACAUGCCAGUCUUCGUAUCAAGAACAGGAUGAAAUCAGUGGGGUGGAUGUAGGUUUCUUUCCCUGGGGAUGGGGGAGGAAUAAGCUAUUGUACACCCUCCAAUAUCCAGUGGGGGUCGGGAUCCUGCAAAGGUCAGGAGAUAGAGUUGGAUAUAAUCUGUCCCCCUACUGCCUGGAGUAAUUUUAUUUCUUUUACGCCAGGCGGUGGAAUGUAGCACAGCCCAUUACUCUCCAAGCCUCACGUUAAUUACCGAGAACUAGCACUUAAUGUUUCCAUCCUGCCCUGGAACCCCUUUCAUUGUUUAUAUAGAGAACAAACUGUUCUUCAGAGAACAAAUACAGACAAAAAAUUGGCUUUCUGCUAACGUUUCAAGUCAUCCUUGUCUAGUAGGCCUCUACUGGGCAGGCAACCAGUUUUAUAGACAGGAAGCUUGCUUGUUACAACACUAGUUGAAUUAGAUUCCUUCUCUUGUCCCACUGUGCUAAUGCUGUUAACCUACACUUAUUGGUCCAGGUCACCUUACCUAGUUCUCCAACUGUAGUCCUGUCUUUCUGAAGACCCUAGAAAAUAAAUACAUUGCAAACUAGUUUUUAGUUAUCUGGUAUAUUAAGUGCUCACUUAAUCAUAUACCUUUUUAAUAUGUAUAUGUCUACAAUGUCUUGGGCGAUUACUGCCUUCAAGCAGCUUUUUUAUUAUUUUUGAUUCUAGUGUAAUUGUUCUUAAUGUGGAAGGCUUUAUUCUCAGUGGUAGGAGAUAUUUAUUAAAUGGGUGAGUUUCAAGCUCUAAGUGACUUGAUCUAGUGUCAGUUUGUAAAGAGAGGUUGGUAUUUUUAAAUCUCUCCUGGCGUCUCUUCCAAAGGUAGCAUUUGAUUUCUACCUUAAGUCAUCUUCUUGAAUAGCGUUCCCCUUUCCUCGUGCCCUUAUUUAGAAGGCCUCACUAUUCAGUAAUUAAGACGAGUAGCUCUCUUUAGUCAUAGCAUUGUUUGGGAAUGCAAGGACUCUAGCGGGACACCUACGCCUGUUAGUUCAGUUGGUGGCAGUUCAGAGAACCGUGCUGAUAGAACAGCAUUUCUCCUUAUGCAGAAAACAGCAUUGCAACUGUACAGGUCACAUUAAACCUUUGUUAGAGGCAUACCAGCAACAAUAACCAGCCUCUCAAUGGUGUGAACUCAACAUUUGCAAGGCUGAGCUCCUAUGUUCUGAUGAGCCGAGAUGUCUGUUCCACAAUGGCUGCUGGUGCCUCCAUUUACAUAGUCCCUGCAACUGUCAUCUUGUAUACCCUGAAACAGCAAGGGAUGGGAGGGAGAACUAGAAAUGUCUAGCACUGACCAUUACUCUUGAUGCUACUGCUGGGACUCUGGUGACCCAAGAGUAUGGCUGCAUGUACAGUGUUAACUGAAGAGAACAAAUACAGGUAAGUCAUUUACUCUCUAGUGUCUGUAUACGUGCAGGAGUAUUUAAAUAUGCACAUGUACUGUUCAAAUGCGCAAUUUUUACUGCAUAAGAUGUACAUUCAAAAUGUACACUUUACUGAGUGCUAUAUAAAGAUGUUGGAAACACAGUUUGCCCCUUCAAGGUGACUUUGUUGGCAUACACUUAGAAAGAGCCAUCUCCAGGCCACUGAAGGAAAUGUUCAAUCAUCACCCUGUGAAUGGGUUUCUGAAAUCUCUCUUUCCAGGCACUGGCUGAAUUUUUUUGCAGCUGGAUUUUAGUCCGCCAGUAGCCCAGAAAAUAAAAGGAAAAGUCUAGUCAGCUGAAGGGAAUUUGGCCAUGGUGUACCCAGAAAACCCAGCCUUGAAGGGUUAGAGCUGCUAAAUGCUUGUUUGUGGAUGUGUAAAGACAUCAGGCUAUUUAGUCCUUUUUUGUUAGAGGAAUUUUCAAAUAUGCUUCUGUGCAGCCUGGCUUUCCUAAAGUGAAUGGAAUUGCACCUGUCCAGGCAUGGUGAAGGUGGGAGUGAUAAAAUGGGUCUGGGAUAAAGCUUCUUAACCAGACACCAAAAGAAACCUGGUUCCUUUUUAAUCUCCCACGUGUUUAUUACCAACACAUUUUUAGUUGGUAUUUCCAAAAGGGUUUGUUAUAAAGAAGGGAGAGCUACUGUCAUCCAUGGUUCAUCUAACGCAGUGGUUCUCAAACUUUUGUGCUGGUGACCCCUUUCACAUAGCAAGCCUCUGACUGUGACCCCCCCUUAUAAAAUUAAAAACACUUUUUAAAAUAUAUUUAACACCAUUAUAAAUGCUGGAUGCAAAGCGAGGUUUGGGGUGGAGGCUGAUAGCUCGCAACCCCCAUUAAUAACUUCAGUACCCCCUGAGGGGUCCCGACCCCCAGUUUGAGAACCCCUGAUCUAAUACCUCUGGUAAAUAGGUUGACAUGAAGUAGGCGCUAAUACCAAAAUACAUAGGAUUUGGUGCAGGACAUUAGAAGUGUGCUUGCGCCUGAAACUGAAACAAUUGUGGACCAACUCUUGGUCACUGUGAAGUGGUUUGACAGUCCCAUCAGCAGUACUUCUGCACCUGGUGUUGCAGGAAACACCACCACAAUUUUGCACCUAAACAGUAUUAACUUUUGUCAUCCUCUAAUCAACCAUCCUUGUCACUUGGACUAGAUAAAAGGAGAGAAUGGGCUAGAUAGAGUGGUGAGUUAGCAUUUACUUAUUAGGAGAGGAAAUUUUUAAAAACUAAUUUCUCCAACUCCCUCAGCUAAAAGUGAGCCUAUGUUCACUCAGAUUUGAUGGUUGCACAGCUGUAAAAAUUCUUAUCUUCAGUCUUAUGUUGUUGCUUCCAUCUCACUAACAUUAGACUUCUGUAUAGGAGGUGGGCUGGCUUAAAACCAGAAACUCAAGUGCUUAGUUACCUGCUAUCCAGAUUAAUAUCCAGUCAUGUCUCAUCUUAAAAAGAAUCGUAGGUUUUCCUGGUUCUAGGAAUAGAAUUGGCUUGCUAGUUAUUAAGAGCAGUGAUCUGCUAGUCAAGGCUCUGAUUUUUUGGCUAGCAUCCUGGAUGUUUUUUUCAAAAACACUAUAAAAUUUAAUUAUACCUGGUUCCUCAACUUAGUUCCUAGUUCCAAUUUCACAAGGGAGUCAUUGGGAUAGCAGCUUGGUUAGUUAGUGCUUCAUGUACAGAGGGCAUUUGCAGCUGCCUGCAUUUGAGUUACCUGCAGGUGUCCAGCCUAACAGGUGACUGUGUUAACAACUUUGGUAUUUGAUCGUGAAUUGGAAAUAUACUCCCCAAGCUGCAUCCCCUGUAACUCUUAGAAGUGUAAUGUUUGAAUCAGACUUAUCAGUACUAGUAGGUGGUGGUGCAGAAUCGUAGAAUAUCAGGGUUGGAAGAGACCUCAGGAGAUCAUCUAGUCCAACCCCCUGCUCAAAGCAGGACCAAUCUCCAACUACAUCAUACCAGCCAGAGCUUUGUCAAGCCUCACCUUAAAAACCUCUAAGGAAGGAGAUUCCACCACCUCCCUAGGUAACCCAUUCCAGUGCUUCACCGGUUGCUCUCCCUUCCCUGCUGACCACUUGCUGCACAGCACAGCAAGGACUGGAACAGGAGAGAAUAUGCCCUAUCGGAUUGCUUUUGGGGGGCUAAUACAGGCUGGAAAGGCUGGGGAUAGCCAAAUUGUGGAAAACGGAGAACAAGAAGUAAAAUUAGGGGAUACCAUAGUGAUGCCCCUGGUAUAAAAUAGCUGGAGAGGGACGGCUGUACAGCUGCUGCCCGAUUUUCAAAGAUAUUGAGUAUUGACAGUUCCCAUUGACUUCAGCUAGAGCUGUGGACACUCAGCAAUUCUGCAAAUCGGGCCCGUAAAUGAAGCCGAGUUCCAAACGUGGCGCAGUGGGAUGGACACAGCCCUACGACACUCCAUGCUUGCUUAGCCUUGCUAUUAUGCAGCGAUCUGCAGAGAGCUUGCACCUGAUGUUUCAGUUAUUUAAAGCAGAAUGGUCUAUCCUUUCUACAGCGGCCUUUGUGUGUCAUUUGCCAAGGCAAAUGUUUCACAGCAUGAGAAUCAAUCAGCAAAGGCAGGGCACAAUGGCAGCUGUGGUAUGAAACUAAAUAGGUUGGGUAUCUAGUUUAACAAUGCUUAUGUGAUGGCAUGACUUGCAGUGAGAGGCACAGUGACAAGACACCACAUUCUCUUGUAUUUGCUGUUGGGGCCAGCUCUUGAUCUAUACAUUCAGGAGGAGGAGGAGGAUCUGGAAGGCUGAAUAGCAGUUUCGUUUUUCCACACAGAGCAGCAAUUCUUGAUGAUUGGAAACUUUAAAAACCUUUCCCCCCAAAUAAAGCUGGAACAACUGAUCAUAGAGCCUGACUAGAAGAUGAAAUGUUAUGGCUGAGUUCAGAUGGUAAGAAGUUUUUCAGAACUUGGCACAGGUCAGCAGGUGAGAGAUGGGAAUACUGUACCUUCACAUGGCUGUAUUCAUAGUUACAGUGAUAGUGUUAAACUCAUCUCUCCCUACUUCCCAGUGAAACGGUGUUUUAAAUUUGUGAAACUAGUUCCUAAGACAGGGAACCCUAUUGACCUAACCUCAAACAUGUAAGUAUCAGUUGAAGCUGCCAGCAUGAAAAGGGGAUUCAGUCACACUCUCUGCCAGGGUAGUUCCUGCUGUGUCCAUUACUGCAAUGGGAUCUGCCAGGAAUUUCAGACUAGCGCCACAAAAGCUGGAAAACAAACAGGAAAACAAAUUAACUGAACUCUUCCAGAUGCAGCAGAGAUCUAUUACACUUGUCCUCAUUUCAGCAAAGAGCAUACGGCGCCACUUGGUCACUGAUUUGAAGGCUGGCCUUAAGCAAAUCUCUCCUGUCCUGGUAGAUGGAUGGUAGUAUCCAUAUGCUGUUCGCUGGUGCCAGUGAAGAGAGCAGGAUAGAAAUCUUCUUGAUAAAGUUGCAGUUUUGCUCAGCCCCAUCUGAUUAUUUUUGUUAGGAAUUUUGUCAGGAAUUUUUCACCCCAUGUAGGUAGCGUGGCACUAAAAGUCAGGCUUUGGGAACACACUGCUUCUCAUCAGACCACACAAUCAACAUAUGGUGUCUUGUUUAAAAUCAUCCUGGUGCUGAGUGACCUGGGAUUCUGUGUGGAUUUAUCCAAAGGAAACUAGAAUUGGAGCUGCAAUGGGACCUUUCAUAAGGGUAGCCUUGUGGCCAGGGACAGAGAAAAGGCUUGGCUGUCGUCUUUGUACCUUUGUAUGGGGGGUAGGGGAGGAGGGCAGGAGGGGGAGUUAUUUUGGAUUUUUUUUUAAGACCGUAAUUAGGAGAUUUAACGUGGCACCUGCGUGAGAAGGUAGUUUUUACUUUUGGUGAAGGUUUUAAAGAGAAAAACAAAGCUGCCUGUGACUGUGAGCUAUAGUUAUUACUAGUACUAGGGUCGCUUGUCCCUGCGAUGGACUUUACAUGCUCUUAUUCUGUGGGUGAGAGCUCCCUGUAGCAACAGUGCCACUUCUGAGAAGUGAACCACAAGUUUCCCUUACUUUUGUAUAUGUGGAGAGGGGCGGGGGGAGCUUGCUUGUAUAGUUUGGUGAAAAGAAAUGAGACCUUUUCAGUUGUUCCUAAAUAAAGAGCAUAAAACAUGAA